GACACCAAUAGCGUUGUUGGUCGUCGACCGGCGGAUUUGCCAUCUCACCUCCUGCUGUGAUUUUCACAUCCGCCGAUCGUCCGUUACCCUCUCUUGUCUUUCGAUUGGAGUUUCGAAGCGGAUAGCAAAGUGAACGAGGAGGAGGGUCAUUUAUGCUUAUUGCUAUCGCGAGGCUCGCCCCACUGCGACUCGCGACCAGCAGGACAUCGUUGAGCGUCGCCGGCGUAGCAACAAGAGCUUGUUUCGCCGGAGUCCGAUCAGCACAGCAGCCCGUUCUCGUGCCGACGAGGUGCUACUGCGACUCGUCGCUUGCCUUGAACGUCUCCCGAACCCGUCGGAAGCAAGCCUUCAGCAUGGACACGGAGAACGGCACCGCCCCCGGGAUACUGAGAGCAUGGGACUUCGACAUUACUCCCGAGGACCUGCACGCCAGGGCGUCCAAGAUCAUGGACGAGUGCCGCAAAUUAUGCGACAAGGUUGGCGCGUUGCAGGGUGACGACAUCACCUUCGAGUCUGUGCUUGAGGAAAUUGCCGAGGGCCAGCGUAUAUUUGCCAACGAGAGGCUCUACCUCGACUUGCCUAUGUAUGUCUCAGCCAGGAAGGAACUUCGCGACGCCAGUGCCGAUGUCUCUGCCAAGCUCAACGAGUUUGAAAUUGAGAUCGACAUGCGGACUGACAUCUUUGAGAAGCUGCUUGUGCUGGAAAAGAAAGACACAAGCUGCCUGUCGCCCGAGAGGAAACGCUUCCUUGACAAGCUCAUCAAACUCCGCAAGAGGGACGGUCUCCACCUGGCGGCAGAAGUGCAGGAGCAGGUGAAGCAGCUCAAGAAUGAGAUCAGUGACCUCGAAGUCAAGUACAACAAGAAUUGCAAUGAGGAGAACACUGUGCUUGAGUUCACCGAAGAGGAGCUGCGGGGCACACCCGAGGACUUUAUCAAGAGCCUCGAUAUGGUCGAGUCCGGCAAACGCAAGGUGACGCUGAAGCACCCACAUGUGUUGCCCAUCAUGAAGAUGGCUGUUGACCCAGCGACUCGCAAGAAAGUAAACUUUGCUUGCGAAUCCAGGUGUGUAGCUGAUAACGUACCGCUACUUGAGAAGGCCAUUUCUCUGAGACACAAGAAAGCACAGCUUCUGGGCUACCCGACGCACUCCGACUACAUCACAGAGUUACUGAUGGCACGCUCGGCUGCCAACGUGCGGCGCUUCCUCACCGAACUGGCUGACAAGCUGCAGCCCCUGUGGGCAAAGGAGAAGAAGGUGCUGCUUGAACUGAAGGAAGAGGAGUGCAAGCGACAUGGGAUCCCCUUCGACGGCGAGCUUCACGUCUGGGACGUGGCCUUCUACAAGAAUUUGGUGGAGGAGCGCCACUACAAGGUGGACCAGGAGAAGUUGCGGCCGUACUUUCCCCUGGAGGUCGUCAUGAAGGGCCUGUUCGGCAUAUACGAGCUGUUGCUGAGCCUGAAGUUCGAAGAGGUUGAGAAGCCGGCCCUCUGGCAUCCUGAGGCUCGCCUGUUUAAGGUGAUCGACAGCGAGACCAAGGAGCUGCUUGGCUACUUCUUGAUGGACCUGUUCCCACGGGAGGGCAAGUACAGCCACUUCUGCAACAUGCCACUGCAGGCAGGCUGUCUCAAGCGGGAUGGCUCUAGGCAGCUUACCGUCGUGGCUGUCGUCUGCAACUUUCCGAAGCCCACAGCGGACAAGCCAUCUCUGCUGACGCACUCCGACGUGGAAACUUUCUUCCACGAGUUUGGCCACACCAUGCAUCACGUUUGCAGCAAGGCCGAGCUAGUCAUGUUCGAGGGCACGACGGUUGAGCGGGACUUCCUGGAGUGCCCAUCCCAGAUGCUGGAGAACUGGUGCUGGGACCUGGAGGGCCUGAGCCGCAUGUCCAAACACCACGCUUCUGGCGAGCCACUUCCCAAGGAUUUGGCUGACCCGCUGAUUGCCUCGCGGCUCGCCAACGUGGGCCAGUUCAACCUGCGCCAGAUCACUCUGUCCAUGUUCGACUUGGAGCUGCAUGUCAAGCCGCAGGCAGAAACGGCCAAGCUGCUUGGAGAAAUCCAGGACAAGCUGCUCGGCUACAAGCCGCAAGCUGGGACCAACUUUGCUGCCAACUUCACUCACUUGAUGGGCGGCUAUGACUCUCGCUACUACGGCUACUUGUGGAGUGAAGUGUACAGCAUGGAUCUGUUUGAAACACGCUUCAAGAAGGAGGGCAUCCUGAACCCCAAGACCGGCAUGGACUAUCGGAAGCAGAUUCUUGAGGCUGGCUCGACAAAGGAUGCUGAAGAGCUCCUGAGGAACUUCCUGGGCCGGGAGCCCAAAAUUGAUGCCUUCCUUGUGAGCAAGGGUCUGGCGCCUCCAAGCUGAUGUGGCAUCUAGUUAGCAUCUGAGCUUGGUCGAAAACUUGCGUCUUGUGGUGUCCUUUCGUUUUUUUGCUAUGAAGGGUAUAAGUGCAGACUGAGCCUUUGACCUCGUCAACAGCUUCUGAUGGCACUGUUGCUUCAAGAGGAGGAAGCUGAGGUUGUUUUUCUUCUUAUGUGCCAUGAUGUGACACGUACAUGUGACCGAGUUGUGACUUAAAGUCAAGGGAUGCCUCUUUUUUUCUACUGAGACGUCUGCUCAAAUAAAGGGCUUUACGCAUUUUCUUAUA